CCGGGCGGAAAUGACGCUAGGCGGCCGCCGGAAGUGUCACGAAGUGUUGUGCGACCGAGUCUGUACCGAGACGGGCCUGAACCCGGAGCGAUACCGCUAUGUCUAUCGAAAUCGAGUCUUCCGAUGUGAUUCGUCUCAUCAUGCAGUACUUGAAGGAGAACAGUUUGUACCGGGCAUUGGCCACCUUACAGGAGGAGACCACUGUCUCUCUCAAUACUGUGGACAGCAUUGAAAGUUUCGUGGCUGACAUUAACAGUGGCCAUUGGGAUACUGUUUUACAGGCUAUACAGUCUCUGAAAUUGCCAGACAAAACCCUUAUUGAUCUCUAUGAACAGGUUGUUCUGGAACUGAUAGAACUUCGUGAGUUGGGUGCUGCCAGGUCCCUUCUGAGACAGACAGACCCCAUGAUUAUGCUGAAGCAAACACAGCCAGAGCGCUAUAUUCAUCUGGAAAACCUCUUAGCCAGGUCUUACUUUGAUCCUCGUGAGGCCUAUCCAGAUGGAAGCAGCAAAGAGAAAAGGAGAGCAGCGAUUGCCCAGGCAUUAGCUGGAGAAGUCAGUGUGGUGCCUCCAUCUCGUCUCAUGGCAUUGCUGGGACAGGCGUUGAAGUGGCAGCAGCACCAGGGCUUGCUUCCUCCUGGUAUGACCAUAGAUUUGUUUCGAGGCAAAGCAGCUGUCAAAGACGUGGAAGAAGAAAAGUUUCCCACACAGCUGAGCAGGCACAUUAAGUUUGGUCAGAAAUCGCACGUGGAGUGUGCUCGGUUCUCUCCAGAUGGUCAGUAUCUGGUCACUGGGUCUGUUGAUGGAUUUAUUGAAGUGUGGAACUUCACUACAGGAAAGAUCAGGAAGGAUCUUAAGUAUCAGGCCCAGGAUAACUUCAUGAUGAUGGAUGAUGCUGUCCUCUGCAUGUGUUUCAGCCGAGAUACUGAAAUGUUAGCAACUGGGGCCCAAGAUGGAAAGAUUAAGGUGUGGAAGAUUCAGAGUGGACAGUGUUUAAGGAGAUUUGAGAGGGCGCACAGUAAAGGUGUCACCUGCCUAAGCUUUUCAAAGGAUAGCAGUCAGAUCCUCAGUGCGUCUUUUGACCAAACAAUAAGAAUUCAUGGUUUAAAAUCUGGAAAAACACUGAAGGAAUUUCGAGGCCAUUCCUCCUUUGUUAACGAGGCAACAUUUACCCAGGAUGGACAUUACAUUAUCAGUGCAUCUUCUGACGGCACUGUGAAGAUCUGGAACAUGAAGACCACGGAAUGUUCAAAUACCUUUAAAUCAUUGGGCAGUACUGCAGGGACAGAUAUUACCGUCAAUAGCGUCAUUCUGCUUCCUAAAAACCCAGAGCACUUUGUUGUGUGCAACCGGUCGAACACAGUGGUCAUCAUGAACAUGCAGGGGCAGAUUGUCAGAAGCUUCAGUUCUGGUAAGAGAGAAGGUGGUGACUUCGUUUGCUGUGCCCUCUCUCCCCGCGGUGAGUGGAUCUACUGUGUUGGGGAGGACUUCGUGCUCUACUGCUUCAGCACAGUCACCGGCAAGCUGGAGAGAACUCUGACGGUUCAUGAGAAGGAUGUGAUUGGGAUUGCACACCACCCGCAUCAGAACCUGAUUGCUACCUACAGUGAGGAUGGACUCCUGAAGCUCUGGAAACCCUAAGUCUCUUUUAGAGUGCAGGAGACGUGUUCAUGUGUUACUUUUACUUCUCAUAUCUGCCUUUGUAAAUCAGAAGUAAAUCAUUUGAUGUUUUCAUUAAUCUCUACCAAAAGACUUUAAAUACUGUUAAUUAAAACGUGUCCUAGCAUAAAAUGUGUAAGUAAGUCACUGUGCCAUAUUCAGCAGUUGUGGGUUUUUUAAAAAAGAUUUUAAUAAACUUAAUACCUUUCUGAAGA